AUGGCGGCGCCGGGGCAGGAAGAAGACCGAGUUCAGGAUGCCAUAGGUGGAAAGAAGAUUAUUAAUCGGACGUUUCUUUCUCUUUCCCAAAUUGCUACUUUGUCAGAACAAAAUGUAGAAGGAGUUCAAAAAAAGCUGGAAGAAUUUUUGAAUUUUAAACGAUUAAAGACAUCUUUGAAGGAAGCUAUUUUGCUAGAUUAUUAUACUGCGGGAUUUUGGUGGGCUAAAGAAAUGAACUUCAGUCUUAUACAGCUCUCAGGAUUCAUGGAUCUAUUAAAUCUCCUGUUGGAGAACCUCAGUGACAAUCAUAUGACCUUAGGAGAUAAUUUAAAAGAACUUGGAAAAGCAAUGGCUGGAAUAGGAGAAACUGAUUCAGAAAGAAGCGGUGACUUGAAUUUCUUCAGCAUUGAGCAAGCCAAAGCAGUCAUUGAUUACUUGAGUAUCAGCUUAUUUAAGCACUAUAAACUAUAUGAAUACCUCUUCCACAGUCCUAGAGAAGAACUUGUGAUAAGUAACGAGUAUGUGAUUGAACUUGCCCAACCUGCAGUUCCCCCCUUCCCUGCUCUGCUGGAAGAAGGCAUACCUUCAGAUAUCUGUUCGUCAUUCAUAAUAUCACCAACAGCUGCAGAGACAGAAUCCAAGGGAUCUGAUCAAGAAGGUUACCUGGAAGAGCCCUGUCCAGAGGUAGAGUCAUUCGAGGCAGAUGCUGUGGCUGUUGUCACUGCUGAAGAUCAGAACUCCACAGUGGGUGAAAUUGUAAAUGAAAUUAUUGGCAACCUUGAGGUACUAUUACUAGAAAGCUGUUCACUAAUUCUGUCUGUGGUUAAUUAG